AUGGCUAAAAGAAGAACAAAGAAAAGAACUCACAUUGAACCAAAUGAAGACGAAUUGGCUAAAAUUCCUCGCUCAAUGGUCAUAAGACUUGGUUUAGCCCAUAGAAACCAUUCAUUGGCCCAGCUAGUCAAGGAUUUUAGAAACAUAAUGCAGCCAUACACUGCCAUAAAUCUUAGAGAAAGAAAAACAAAUAAAUUAAAAGAUUUUAUAGUAAUGGCUGGUCCCUUGAACGUAUCUCAUUUGAUGAUUUUCACUCAAUCUGAAAAAGGUACAACUUCUUUCAAAAUAGCUAAAAUGUCCCAAGGUCCAACAUUAAAUUUUACACUAACCAGCUAUUCUCUAUCAAAGGAUAUAAGAAAAUUUUUAAGACACCCAAAAUCUCUAGCUAAGGAUUCAACAGAUUUUUCAAAUCCACCUCUAUUGGUGCUCAACGGUUUCCCUAAACCUGCAAUCGCCCAGCCUUAUGAAAAGACUUUAAUAACAACCUUUCAAAACAUGUUUCCCCCAAUUAACCCCCAACAAAUAAAAGUAUCCUCAAUAAAAAGAGUUCUUAUUUUAAGCAAAGACCCCAAAACUGAUGAAAUCGAUUUACGUCAUUAUUCAAUCGAAACAAAACCCGUUGAAAUCUCUAAAAAUGUUAAAAAACUAAUCAAUUCUAAAAAUGUUCACACUAAAAAAAUCCCAAACUUAUCUAAAAUAAAUGAUAUUUCAGAUUUUUUAUUAGAUCCAAAUUCGAACUCAGGUUUUACAAGUGAUUCCGAGUUAUCUGAAUUAGAAGAAGAUUCAAUUGUACAAAUUAGAGAUACAUCGGCUAUCAGUGCUUCUAACACAAUAAAAAAACAUGACGAAGUUAAAGAUGAAGAUGAAGAUAAUAUCCCAAUACCUGAAAAAUCUGUUGAAAAUGAUAAAAAUGAAAAUGUCAAUAAUGACAGUGAACCCAAUGUGAAAAAGAGAGCAGUCAAAUUAAUUGAGCUUGGUCCAAGAAUGAAAUUUAAAUUAGUAAAAAUUGAAGAUGGUAAUUGUACUGGAAAAGUUUUGUACCAUUCUUUGUAUUCGAAAACCAAAAAUGAAGUUAAACAAUUAGAUAAAAUUCAUGCUACAAGAGAAAAGGAAAAACAAAAGAGAAAAAAGGAACAAUUACAAAAUGUUCAAGUUAAAAAAGCCAAAAAAGAUGCUAAAAAACUACGUCAUAAAGAAAACUUAAGUAGGAAAAAAAACAAUAAAUCUGAAAAUGAAUCCCUGGAUCCAUCAGAUACAGAAAUUAAAAAUAAAAAUGAAGAUGAUUCUGAUGAGUUAUUUUCAAGCUGA